AUGUCCGGGCGAAGUCUGAAGCCUCCUGGACUGUCCGUCUUCUCAGGUCCGGUGUUCGUCACGCCGAAAGGUUCCAAAAUAUCAACGUGUGGUUUUCAUGUUGUUGAAAAAAUUGCAAAACCAGUUGCAACUAUUCCUGUUAUUCCAUUUUCUGAUUUGAUUAAGAAUAGAGGCGAAAUUAAAGUCAAAGCCUUUAUGAAAACAGUGAUCACGCCUGCUUAUAACAAAGAAGGGAUUUUAAAAUUUGGCACUGGCACUAUUACUGAUGGAAUCCAUAAAGUUCCUCUCACAGUCAAUUCUUUUAAACUAGAAGAUUCAAAUAAAUUAGCAAAAGGAAUGCCUGUCAUGGUUACAGCGAACGUAUACCACAAUGGAAAUACACGUCUCCAGUGUCGCAACAUGUCUUGUAUAGAAAUACUAGAGAAAGAAGACAAACUGGAUGAAGCUAUAGUUGCGCACGCAAAUAAACCUUUGAAGAGGUGUGAUUCAACGGCUACUAAUAAUUCUACCCUACUAUUAAAUAAGAAACAACGUCUUGUAGAAAUUCAAAAUUUGUCAAACUUAUCAAUGGAAGUUGAGCGCAAAAAGAAUGAGUAGUUUAUUUAUUUUCAAUUAAUGUUUA